AUGUUAGGGACACUGCACCGUGCAGGUCUCCCUGGGUCACAAAACAGAAAGAGAUUGACCAUGCAUGUCGUUGGUAUAUUCGCCUUUCUUUGUUUUGCUGGGGCAAAUGGCCUAGUGAUACAUCCAAAUGGCCAAGGAACCCCCACAACUGUCGUUAAGUCCCUGAAUGGGGAAACAGUUAUGCAAUCCGGACCUCCAAUCACCCAUCCAGAGCAAUCCAGACAAAAUGAGAACCAAUUCGUCAGAGACCCAACCAUAUUUAAUCCUAAGAGAUCCAGACUUAAUUCAAUUCAAACUGAUCCAACGAAUGCAAUGAUGAACAACAUGGUUCGAAUGAUGAACCCAAUGGCACCUGAGACUAUUCGACAGGAACAAAAGCCUUCCAUGUCUGACAGGUCAAAGAUGAUGAUGAAUAUGAUAAAAAAUAUGCCUAACAUGGCAAGUGUGAUGGGAGAUAGAACAGCAAUGGCCGAUCUUAUGAAUGCGAUGUCAUCAGCAUCUGAGAUAAUGGCCAAAAUGCAGAACAAUAUGAAAAUGAAUCAAGCCAGAAAAUCUAAUGUGCAGUCUCCGUAUGAAACAGACUACUAUAUGCCCAUCAUGACGAAUAAGAUGACAAAUAUGCCCACAAUGGUUUCUAAUGACAUGAUGAAAAAUGCACCCUUCAUGCCUCCUGCUUCUGAAAUGAUGGGAAAUAUGCCCUCCAUGCCCCCUGCUGCUGAAAUGAUGACAAAUGUUCCCUCCAUGCCCUCUGCUGCUGAAAUGAUGACAAAUGUGCCCUCCAUGCCCUCUGCUGCUGAAAAGAUGACAAUUAUAUCCUCUAUGCCCCCUGCUGCUGAAAUGAUGACGAAUAUGCCUUCCAUGCCCAAUAUGCCUCCUGCUGCUGAAAUGAUAAUGCAAAAGGGCCAAAUGUCUGAUAUUAUGUCUAAAGUAUCCCAAGUACCUUUCGGUAUUAAAAUGAUGGGAUUCAGUCCACAACAACGCAGUAAGUACAACUACUUCUGUUUGUGA